GUUAACAAGUAACUAUGCAAAGAUGCUGGCAUAGUUUGAAACUUGAUGGAGCGGCUGAAUCAUGCCACGAGAGCUUCCCUCAUGCCCGAGAGCAGGAAGAGCAAUCCCAAUGCAGAUCCUCAGUGGAGCAGUCCCCAGUGUUCCCCUUUGCUCUCCCGGGGGGCUGCCCGUUUCGUUUCAGCUGGAAAGCACAGAGCUUCUGGGUGACGUUUUCCUCUCCUCCCACUGAAUCAGCCUUUUAUUUACUCUUUGGAAUGCAAAGUAACAGGACACCCUGUGAGUUUUUAUCUCUCUCCCAAUCUUUUGUGCUGCUGCGGGAGUUGUCGGACCGGAUUGAGCGUUUUAGCUGCAGACACAGGGUGGUUUCGGGGUUGUCUGGCAGGAAUCUGGGUGGGAGGGCACAGUCGGUGAAACCUCAAGGUAGGAGUCACACCGAGAAGCGAAUCCUUGGGACACACAGCAGGGAGGAAAAACCUUUGUCACUAAGUUUGAAUCCAGCCCUUUGCUGCGGUGGGGAUGGAGGGUGCUCCUUGGCUGAGCUAGAAUUACUGGGAACUGCCUCCACCAGGACACUUUUUGCUGCAUUCCUCAUGAAAGCAGCUGCGUUUUCCCUGCUUCCACGUGGAUAGCAUUCCCAAGGCUGGGAGCUGAUGGGGAAGUACCCUGCCUGCUCGGACAGCGUUCACUGCUCCUGCUGCUAAUCCCUGUCUCCUCUGGGACCCUCCUGGGCACCGAGCUGACGGAAGUUUAGCUCUUGUGGCUUGCAUACAAAGAGCGACUUGGUUCUCGGGUUUCAGCUCUCUCCUUCCUCCUAGAGGCGCGUUAAACCUCCCCUUGCUGCUCUCAUAAUGCCAUUGUGGCCACACUGAUACGAGGAGAAAACGUUACGAGGAGGAGGUGACAGCUUUUAUUGAAUGAACUGAUUCCAGUGGGGAGAAACAGAGGCUCCGUUGCUGACUGCUGCCACUGCACGUGGGACAUGAAUAACCUGGAGGAGGGGGUGGAGUUCCUCCCUGCCAUGAACUCCAAGAAGAUGGAGAAGCGCGGCCCGAAGCGGCGGGUGGUCGUCGCCGUCGUGAUCCUCGUUUUCCUCCUCGUCUCCCUUGUCGUCGGCCUCCUGGUCUGGCACUUCAAAUACAGGAAUGCAGCCGUCAGGAAGGUUUUCAAUGGCCACUUGAGGGUUCUGAACUGGGACUUCCUUGAUGCCUAUGAGAACUCCAGCUCCCCGGAGUUCAUCAUGCUGGCCAAGAAGGUGAAGAGCACGGUGGAGGAUAUCUACAGGGAUCAUGGAGAUAUUGGCCCUUACCACAAAGAGACCAUGAUAACCGCGUUCAGCGAAGGCAGCGUCAUUGCCUACUACUGGUCAGAGUUCCUUGUCCCCAAGUACCGUGAGGAGAGCCUGGACCAGGCCAUGGCCAACAAGCAGAGCCUGGUGCAGAAGCUGAACACGCGCCUGCGGAACCCCGUGCUGAAGGUGGAGUCGGUCGUGGCUUUCCCUGCGGACCCCAGCAUAGCUUACUCCUCUCGGGACAAUAUCUGCAUGUUUGCCCUCCACGCCAAGGAAGGGGAGAUCACCACUUUCACCACACCAGGCUUCCCCAACAGCCCCUACCCCAACAAUGCCCUCUGCUACUGGACCCUGAGGGCAGACGCCAACUCCAUCAUCAGCCUGACCUUCAAGACGCUGGAGCUGGAGCCGUGCACGGACGACAGUGACUACGUCAAGGUGUACAACUCCCUGAGCCCCGUGGAGCCCCAGGCGCUGGUCAGGCUCUGUGGGAAUUACGCCCCUUCCUACAACCUGACCUUCCUGUCCUCCCAGAACGUCAUGCUCGUCACGUUGGUGACCAACAAGGAGGGCAGAUUCCCCGGCUUCAAGGCUGAGUUCUUCCAGCUCCCGAAGAUGAAAGUCUGCGGUGGGGUUCUGAAAGGAGAGCGUGGCACCUUCACCACUCCCUAUUACCCAGCACACUACCCCCCAGCCAUGGACUGUGUCUGGAACAUCGAGGUUCCUUCUAGGAAGAACGUGAAGGUGCGUUUCAAUAUGUUCUUUGUGCUGGAGCCCGGGAUCCCCGUCAGCUCCUGCACCAAGGACUAUGUGCAGAUCAACAGCACCAGGUACUGUGGGGAGCGGUCCCAGUUUGUGGUGGCCAGUACCACCAACAAGAUAGAGGUGCGGUUCCACUCGGACCAGUCCUACACAGACACCGGCUUCUCUGCUGAGUACCUCUCCUAUGACUCCAGUGAUCCCUGCCCCGGGCAGUUCACCUGCAACACGGGGCGCUGCAUCGACAGGAGCAUGCGCUGCGACGGGUGGCUGGACUGCGUGGAUGGCAGCGACGAGAGAUCCUGCACCUGCACCGACCAGCAGUUCAAGUGCCAGAACGGCUGGUGCAAGCCCAAGUUCUGGGUCUGUGACAACGUGAACGACUGCGGCGACAACAGCGACGAGCUGCAGUGCAGCUGCGCAACCGACAGCUUCAAGUGCGACAACGGCAAAUGUGUCCCCAGCGCGCGCAAGUGUGACGGCAAAGACGACUGCGGAGACGGGAGCGACGAGGGCAGCUGCAGCAAAGCGGGGCUCCAGACGACGGUAUCAUGCAAGGAAUACACCUACAAGUGCCGCAGCGGGCACUGCGUCAGCAAACAGAACCCGGAGUGCGACGGGGAGCAGGACUGCGAGGACAAUUCUGACGAGGACAACUGCAACUGCGGGAUCCGUUCCUACACGAAGAUGUCGCGGAUCGUCGGCGGGCAGAACUCGGAUGGGGGAGAGUGGCCAUGGCAGGUCAGCCUCCACGUCAAGAGCCAGGGCCACAUCUGCGGCGCCUCGCUGGUCUCCGAGAGCUGGCUGGUAUCGGCGGCGCAUUGCUUCCAGCAGAUGCAGGGCACCAGUUACUCAGACGCCAGCCUGUGGACAGCCUACCUGGGCCUGACGGACCAAAGCGACCGCAGCAACGCCAACGUGCAAACGCGGAAGAUCAAGCGCAUCAUCUCCCACCCCUACUUCAACGACUACACCUACGACUACGACAUCGCCGUGAUGGAGCUGCAGAGCCCCGUCACCUUCUCCUCCUUCGUCCAGCCCAUCUGCCUGCCUGACGCCACACACGUCUUCCCUGUGGGCAAGGACCUGUGGGUGACCGGGUGGGGAGCGACGACGGAAGGAGGCAGCGGCAGCUCCAUCCUGCAGAAGGCAGAGAUCCGGCUCAUCAACCAGACCGUGUGCAACCAGCUGCUGACGGACCAGCUCACGCCGCGGAUGAUGUGCGUGGGGAUCCUGACCGGCGGCGUGGACGCCUGCCAGGGGGACUCGGGGGGGCCCCUGGUGAGCGUGGAGGCCAGCAGCCGCAUGUUCCUGGCCGGAGUCGUGAGCUGGGGCGAAGGCUGCGCGCAGCGGAACAAGCCCGGGGUGUACAGCCGCGUCACGAGCCUGCGGGACUGGAUCCAGCAGCAGACCGGGCUCUAAGGACACACACAGCCCUGUGUGGGCACCUCUUGGGCUGGGACGUGCACAUCCAGCCUCUACUGUGAACUUCAACCCUCCCUCUACCUCGCGCCGAGGCGUUUUCCCACCUCCCACCUUAGAAAUUGAUGGUUGGAAUAGAACAGGUUGGAGUUUAUGGGUGAGUGAGUGAGUGCAGCUCCUAUGAACAAGGGGGGAGGAGCAAUAUAUCAAAAAAAAUAAAGAAAAAAAUUAAGUUAAAAAAGAAAAAGCAAAAGAUAAAGACAAACACUUUGUGUUUAGGGGAAAACGUUAUUGGGACAGGUUCAAAACCAGCUUCUCAGGCUAGAGACCGAGUCCUGCGGUGCUUUUCAAGCGGCUGUCCGCACCCCUUGCUCUGGUGUUCAGUUUUGGGGGGGGGGAGAAGGGAGUUCUUACCAAGCUGGGGGGAUGCCCUGUGGGAUCCCUCCCCUGGUGGUGUCCCACGCCGAGGUCUCCUCCAUCCGUCCCAUUGAGCUGCUGGACCUGGAACAGAGAGGUUGGGUUAGAACAUGGUGUCACUCACCCCAAGAGAAGCAACAUCCAUAGAGAGGGAGAGUAGCAUUGGCAUUACUGUGUGUGCCUCUGUGCUGCACUGACGGUGUGCCUGGAGUACAGCUCUGCAAUGACACCACAGUGCAGCAGCCUCUGAGACCCAUCCGACUUUUGUGAAGCAAAAUGUGACUUGUGAAUGUGCUGAUUUUAGUCCUUUUUCCCCCUGUGGACCCAGUCCUUGCCAUAGAGCACGCUCCAGGUGAGUUUAGUUUGUGCCUUCCGUGCCUGUAAAUACCUUGUUUUGUAAAACUCUGUGAAUGGAAAUGCUCUAAUAAACUGGGAUAUUUUCUAAUA